AUGACUCUCCAACUUGCCGAUCGUUCUGUCAAAUACCCCAUUGGGAUACUUGAAGAUGUGCCAUUGAAAGUCGGGAACUUCUAUAUCCUGGUUGACUUUGUGGUUCUCGACAUGGACGAAGAUCCUAAGGUACCUAUCAUCCUUGGUCAUCAAUUCCUUAAUACUGCAGAUGUUGUUAUGCAUGUUAGAGCAGGUAGACUGGCCAUGAAGAUUGGAGAUGAGACGGUGGAGUUCACUAUGGACAAAAAUCUCAAACAACCGGCAUUAACAGAAUCUGCCUGCUUCAUAAACACACUCGACGAUUCAGCUCAGAAGUAUGAACCGAUCGUUUCAGGCCAGGGAACCGAUCGGUUUGGACAUGAUCUCAAUGCCGGAAUUUUAUAG